AUGCUGCCGACAGUGGCCUCACCGGCGCCAUCCCUUGUUCUCGCUGGCACCUUGUCUGACAGGCACCGCACGCCCCCCUUGUUCAGCCGCGCUGUCGACCCCGACGAGCGCAGUGGCCGCCUGUACGCCUUGUCUGCACGGCUUCCCUGCACAUGGCUGCCGGCAAUGGCCACACCAGGCCGUCCUCGACUCCCGCCAGCACCAUGUUUGACCAACGCUGCACGUCCGCCUUAUCCAGCCGCGCUUCCGAGCGGUGGUCGAGGGCUCGGUCGGAAGUUGGGGGCAUUGAGGAGUAGAGGAAGUGUUGGGUUGCUCCAUCGGUUGGUGUAUCUCAUCGAAGUUGGGUUGGCGUUCGGGGACAUCGGUCGGUUGGUCGGGGUUCGGCUCUUGUGGCUCGGUUCCUUGUUGAGGUUCGGAGGGGAGGAGCACUUCUCGAUCAAUGCGUUCGGCGCUUGUAGCGGCUUUGCCCUUUUUGUAGACUUUCACUCGUUCGAUAUAGGCUUCAACACAUUUUCGGGUAUGAUGUGGUUUGACCUCGUAGCGGCUAAUGGCGAGAUCCGCUUGGACUAG